GGUGCAGUAAGGAUGGUGCGUCAUCCUCUUGUCGCCUGGCUGACUGCCACAGUCGCCGUCCUCAAUCUCGUAUCCGCGAUCUCCGAGCCUGAUUGUGAGUGGAGACGUGUGUUGACGUCCGACGAAGAGCCUCAGGUUCGCGUUUCUCUAGAGUGUCGUCUGCGUACAGUUGCUUCCGCCGACUCAGUGCUCGCAAACUUGACCCAGGCUCAACUGGACAUGAUUACGUCUCUAAAAAUCGAGUGCAACGAUGUGUUUUUCUUUGAAAGUUCUCUCGAACAUGACAGCCCGGUUGUACAGUUAAAAUCCCUUCGUGAAUUACAACUGGAGUAUUGUAAAAUCCGUUUUGUGCCGGCCGCAGUGUUACGCGAAUCACGUGACUUACGUUCGUUAACUCUACGCACACACAACACUGACUGGUCAGCUAUGACCAUGGAGCUGCACUCUGAUAGUUUCCGUGGACUACCGCAACUGAAAACCCUGGAUCUAUCGGAAAACAACAUUUGGACAGUGCCUAGUGAAGUGUUUUGCCCGUUGUACGCUCUUUCUCAACUCAACCUGUCCCGCAACCGUCUCCAAGACGUCGCUGAGUUGGGGUUUUCCGACUGGGGCGAAGGACCCACCGCUCCCGGUAAGACUUGUAACGUAGGUUUAGAGGAGUUGGAUUUGUCGCGUAAUGAACUAACCUCAGUACCCGAUAACGCGUUCACAAGUCUCAGAAGUUUACAGAAACUUCUCCUACAAGAAAACGCGAUUUCCCAGUUAGCUGACCGUGCUUUCGUUGGAUUAGUUUCGUUACAACUCCUUAACGCUUCCAGCAACCAUCUCCUAGCUCUUCCUCCAGAACUAUUCCAAUCCUCCCGUGAUCUGAAAGAAGUCUACCUCAACAAUAACUCAAUCAGUGUGUUGGCUCCUGGUUUACUCGAAGGACUGGACCAGCUUCAACAGUUGGAUCUCUCCCAUAACGAGCUUACAAGUUCUUGGGUGAACCGUGAUACUUUCUCAGGGUUAGUUCGUUUAGUUGUGCUGAAUUUGGGACACAACCGUAUCUCACGUGUGGACUCACAUCUCUUCCAAGACUUGUACAGUUUGCAGAUGUUGAAUUUGGAGCACAACCACAUUGAAUCUAUUGCCGAAAAUUCGUUCAAAACGCUGAACAAUCUCCAUGCUUUGACUUUGUCACACAAUCGUUUAGUGAAAGUUGAAGCGAAUCCUUUCAGCGGACUUUAUGUGUUGAAUCAGUUGUUUUUAGAUCAUAACAAGAUUGAAAAUGUUUCUGACCGUGCUUUUGAAAACUGUUCAAAUUUACACGAUUUAGGAUUGAGUGGAAAUAUUUUGACAACAGUUCCCGAAGCGGUGAAACGGUUGACGUUCUUGAAAACGUUGGAUUUGGGUGAGAAUCGUAUCCAAAGCGUGGACAACAACACAUUCCAAGGAUUGGACCAGUUGUACGGGCUGAGACUGAUCGAGAACGAAUUAGUGAAUAUUACCAAGGACUCGUUUUCGUCGCUAGGUUCGUUGCAAGUGUUGAAUUUGGCGUGCAACAAAAUCGAACACGUGGAUAAGAAUGCGUUCGGCACUAGUCCGACUUUGCACGCUGUGCGUCUAGAUGGCAACAAAUUGAAGGAUAUCAGUGGUAUGUUUGUGAAUCUCCCGGGAUUGGUGUGGUUGAACGUCUCCGAUAACAGACUAGAGUGGUUCGAUUAUGCACUAGUUCCACCGAGUCUAGAAUGGCUGGACAUGCAUAACAAUAACGUAGCUGAUUUGGGAAAUUAUUUUGAUCGCCGCGGUGAUAUAAAAAUCAAAACACUGGACGCUAGCUUUAAUCGUUUGGCGGAGGUUGGUGACACUUCGAUACCCGACAGUGUUGAAACAGUACUCUUGAAUGAUAACCUCAUCAAAAAGUUGAAACCCAACACAUUUUUGAAGAAAGCUAAUCUAACCAGUGUCGCAUUGUAUAACAAUUUGUUAGAAAAAUUUGAAUCCAGCGCCCUGGCGUUAGAUCCAGUAUCGGAGGAUCGUCCUUUACCUCAAUUCUAUUUGGGAAACAACCCGAUUAUCUGUGAUUGUUCCUUGGAGUGGCUACAACGAAUCAACCAGAUGAGCCACAUGAGAAGACAUCCGAGAGUGAUGGAUUUGGACUCUCUGACUUGUAAACUCUCUCACAGUCGAGGGUCACCUCACCGUCCUCUCCUGGAACUAAGACCCUCCCAGUUUCUGUGUCGCUACGAGGCACACUGUUUCGCUCUCUGUCACUGCUGUGAGUUUGACGCAUGUGACUGUGAAAUGACGUGUCCUCCCAACUGUACCUGUUACCACGAUCAUACAUGGUCCGCGAAUGUUGUUGAUUGUAGUAACGCAGGAUACCGUCAUGUUCCCUCAAAAAUCCCUAUGGAUGCUACCGAGAUCUACCUGGAUGGUAACGAUUUGGGGGAACUUGGAAGCCAUGUGUUCAUCGGGAAGAAGAAACUGGAAGUCUUGUAUUUGAACAACAGCAACAUACAGUCGUUACAUAAUAGAACGUUCAACGGAUUGACUUCUUUAAAGAUACUGCACAUGGAGAACAAUAAACUGAAAGAGUUAAGAGGAUUUGAAUUAGAUCAGUUAGAGAAUCUUGUUGAGUUGUACCUAGAUCAUAACGGUAUCAAACAAUUAGGAAACGGAACGUUCACCAACAUGAAAUCCCUACAAGUAUUGAGGUUGGAGGAGAAUAGUAUAAUCGAUUUUUCGCCCUGGCACCAGUUGUCAAGCGACAGUUUGUCAAGUAUUUCGCUAGAAGGUAACACAUGGAACUGUCGGUGUGAGGACGCCGAUUUACUGGAGGCGUGGUUGCGAGACAACGCGGACAGUUUGGUGGCGAACAAACCCCUCUGCGAGACCGGUGAGAGUGUGCAGGAGAGCGUUCGUGCCUGCAGACAAGGACGAGCUGCAGUGUCAGCAGUUCAUAGAGACUCCUUCGCCCCUACCAUCUUACCACCAGCGCUAGUACCCUUUCUAGCAAUCAGUCUAGUGUUUUUCAUUGUGAUCUUCAUGAUAACCACGUUAGCCUUCAUAUUUAGACAAGAUUUGAGUCUGUGGGCACACGCAAAGUAUGGAGUGCGAGUGUUUGGGGAUCAGAACGACCCGCAAGACGAUCGUCUCUACGAUGCUUACAUGGUGUACAGUGUGAAAGACGAGGAGUUUGUGACGCAAGUCCUAGCGGCUAGUUUGGAGCGGUCAGGGUACAAUCUGUGUCUACAUUACAGGGACUUGCAAGUGAUGAGUCCCGCAUAUUUGAGGGAUAGUGUGUUGGGAGCGUCCGACGCGUCCCGAAGGGUAGUUCUGGUACUUUCGCUGAGUUUUCUCCAGCAUGAGUGGGAGAAACCCGGGUUCAGGGCCGCCUUACAAGCGUGUGCCGAGCGUACGAGGCCGGGCAAACUGUUGUUAGUCUUGUUAACCUCGGAUUCGUCGUUAGACGCGGAUCUGCAGCUGCAAAUGCUGUUGAAGUCGUGUGGUAGAACCCUGUGUUGGAGGGACAAAAGGUUUUGGCAGAAACUGAGGUACUCGCUGCCAGACCCCCGGUGCAAGCCGACACUUCCCAAGGGGGGAUGUUGUGAGUCGGUGACCGGGGCGGUGUUGAAACAGGCCCGAUAUUCGGCCACCCCCACAGUGGACUCGUGGUGUGCGCGGAUGUCACCCGCCUCCCUCACCACCCAAUCGGCCGCAGUCACGCAGUCGUCGACGGUUUCGACGACCUCGACGUCCGAGGAGUCGUCGCAGCGGACUGUCACCGACGAGGAGGAUGAUCCGCACAGCUAUGUGUCGAUCGACGCCUGUCACCCGCACCCGCAUGCACACAGGCCAGCGCCGCAUCAGCAUCUCUACACAACGAUACCUGAUCCCAGUUAUGCACCGGGUCAGGGGAGGACCUACUUUGUAUAGAAAUUUAGGAGGAGAGCUCAGGAAUACCCAGGCCGUGUGGAGCCGUUUUAUUGUGAUCUUGAAAGACUUGAAACUCAGUGAGACUUAUUAUAGAUAGCUUAUCAAUAGACACUAAGUUAUUUAUCUAUGAACUUAUAUGCAGAAUAUUGUGCUCUUCCAAAUAUUCAACUAAAUUUACUCGAAAAUUACGGGCCUCUUGUUUCGAAAUUAGUGUAGUACUGAAAUGGUAGUUAUUUAUCAUUGUAGUUGUGCUUUUAAAAUAUAUUUUUCUGUUCAAUGUUAUAAUUCAUGCAAUUCUAGUAGGUAACGAUUUUAUUACUCUCCAAAUAUUUUAAUCUAUGUAUCAUGAUUUAUGUUUCAAAAUCAAUCCUAAAGAACAUGCAAUUUAUUUUUAUUCUAUUUUAGAAAGUUUCAUUGUUGUAACUUCAAGAAAGUUAUGUUUUAAAAUAAGAAUGUUUCUCGAAAAUAACUAUCCUUUAUUCUUAUUUUGACGUUCUUCAUAAUUGGGAAUUCAUUUGACCAAGUUUAAAAUUUAGCAAACUUGACUUAUAGUAGGUUGAAAUGGUUUUAAUUAUUGAGUAAUAAUCUCCAAUCAUAUUUGUCGCAAAGUUUGUAUUGAAAAGCUUUAUCACUGAUUGUGAUUCUUUGUACACUGUCAUUGUUUUGUUAUAUUGAUUCUCAUUGCACUUCAAAUUUCAAUAUUUUAUCACUGAUUAAAUUUAAAUAAGAUCAUAUUUUUAUUGUCAAAUGUUUUGAAGGUGUAGUUUUGCAAAUAUGAUGUAGUUAUAUUGAAUUUCUAUAAUUCCGCCGGCUAAUUUAUCAUUGUUAUUUCCUUCUUAUGUGUAAUUUUUGUGAAUUUUUCUCUGAUAAUAAUAUUUUGUAUUAGACUAGAUUUGAUGGUGGAUACAAUCUUUGAGACUCAUAUUUCAAGAAAUCAUUGAACAAAAAAAGGCCCUUAUAAUUCUCUGCAUAUUAAGUGAUAAUCUUGUAAAUAUUGUAAAUUAUUACAGCAUAAUUUAUUAAUUUGUUCUGUACAUUAAAAAUUGAUUUUUCUAACUGAAAUGCUGAAUCGUUUAACGAAUUUCAUGAUUGUCAAUUCCUAAAUGGUGUCGAUUGUCAAUAUUUUUCUGUGUGCUUAUAAUGCUUAUAAUAAAGACUGAGAAGCCUUAAUUGUACAUAGAACUCACGAUUUUUCAUUGCAUGUAAUACAUCGAUAUUACUGUUCCUAUCAACAAAUAAUUAUUAUUAUAUUGAUGAUAUAUAUAUGUGCUUUGUCUCCAAUAUUGUUAAGAUUUGGAUUUUUUUCUCUGCAGGCAGAAAAUAUAUCUACACUACUGAAUUCAUCCAUUCAAGUAUUUUGUAGUUUUUGAGUUAUUUUGGUGAACGUCGAAUACUGAAGUCUCAUAAAUUAAUGCAAAAACGUAUUAUUGAAUUGAAAUAUUAUGUUUCAAAAUAAGUUUAUCAAUGUUGUGGACACCAGUUGACAAGAGUAUUGAAAUUUUUUAUGAAAAUGACAACUUUCUUAUUUAUUUACACUCGGGCUCAUGCAGAAUAAUGUUUACCUUCUCAGAAUGACUGGAGGCAUCUUUGGCUCUGAUGCCUAUCAUAUACAUACAACACUAAUUUAAAGAUAACAAAUAUACAGAUAUACUCAUGUUUUACUGGAUACUCAAUAGAGGCCUACAUGUGUGUCAGCAUUGCUUGUAAAUAACACUGAAGCAUAUCAUCCAAUCAAUGCUGACAGUUGAAGUGAUUCUCAGUUGGACAAAUAAUAUCUCAUCAAACUCAAAUACACAGCAGACGCAUUGCAUUCUCUGAGAGGCGAAUCCUGAGUAUACACCAUAACAGUUCCUAGAAAAUGUUCAGUUUCAAUCAUGUCAAACUGUAGUUGAAUACAUUCCUACUGUAUUUGUGUAGGAUCUCAAAAUGUAUUCGGCAUUUGCCUCGUUCAAAUUUCAAUUAUAAAUUCAAUCCUGGAAUAGGUUUGCUUCAAAUUCCGUAGAAGCCUAUUUAUAAUUAUUCUCCAUUCUAUAAAAUGGUCUUUAUUAUCCAUAUUCUAACUCUAAAUUCUUUUAUUGAUAUCUCUUCUCUAGUGUAUAUCCACCAUAUUUCAUAGAAGUGAUUCUCUUCAUAAUCCAUUUUCAUUUUUCUUUCCUCUAUUUAACUAUUUUCCUUAACAUUCACAAUAAAUGUAUUGCAGAAAUCCAUUUAUGUUACUGAAUUUCGACGUGAACAUGUCUACAGUGAGAUUUAAACUAUUAGCGUUCCUUACAAAUAACAUCAAUGAUUCCUAUUUAAUUGAUGCUAACCGUUCAAAAUUAAUCUUUCACAAUAAAUUUCAAUUUCAUGUGCUGGAAAUUUGCUGGCGAUUUUCUUACUGUAAGGUUACGAUGUGGUGAUGACGCGUAAAAAAUAUAAUUAAUUUAUGAUGGAGUAUAUGCCAAAAAUUAUGGAUCUUUCCGUUCUCAAACAUCAUGAAAUAAAGAUGAAAAAAUCAAUAAUCAUGAAAUAAUAUCUGAAAAUCUUCAACGUUAAAAAAUCAAUCAACAAGAAACAUAAAAAGGGGAAUGAGAUAAAAUCCAAUAAACAUUCAGUGUAACACGCCGUUACGAUGGAAUUCCAAAACUUUUUCUAUCGAUGGAGAAGAUCCUUUGAUUUAUGUACCGUAAUAAGCUGGCCUUUACAGUAGUAACAUCUGUCAAAUUCACAUCCACAAAUAUUCCGAUGAAGAUAUCCAACAUUCCAUUCCUUACGACGACAUCUCCGGUAGUUAAAUACAAUAUUUCCGAUAAAUAAACCUUAUUUAGAGCAACACCUGAUAAGAUCUGGGAGCUUUUUAGGAGUUCUUCGAGUAAAUCUCCUCUCAACGAAAAGUGGACGAUGUUAGUUUUCAGAUUUUCCUUUUAUUUGGGAUGUUAACUUUAGGUUUGUUGUUGUUUCCCGUGUUAAUUUGAUCGAUACCAUCAACAAACAUGGCGAUCUGGAGUGAGAUUGUGGGGGAAACGUAUUAAAAGUAAAUACUCCCAGUAUACUCGUAUACUUGGGGAAUAGUAUGGUUGGAAUUAUAAUUGGUGGAAAAUGUUUGGUAGUUUGAUCAGAUAAAUCUUAUUGGUUCCCGAUGACACUAUACUGUUGGUCGUAAUUCUCACUAAUUUAGAAAUUGGUUCUCACACUUAUACAGACUCACAUUAUCCCACUUUAGUUCAUUUAUUUCAUUUCUGAGAAUGGUGUUUGUCACUGCUCACUAAAUCAUUAACAUUAAUCACAAUUCUUUGAUGUUGUUACUAACAUGAAUUUCAAAAUUCGAACUAUUAAAAUCGUGAGCAAUAAUUGAAAACCUCAGAUUUAUCACCAUGGAUCACCAUUUCGGUACAAAGUUCUGAUCUGUAUAAUGUCUCUUGUUACGCAAGGCAUACUUCAAUAAAUACUUCUCCGACUAUCUCAAAUCUGACCACUUGAAAAUAAUCUAUUACAUUCAUCGAUUGUAGUGUAAUCUACACUAAUGCUACUUCCAUUGAUUGUAGUGGGCCCAACCUUUACUGAAACCCAUUCACCUGAAUUGAAACAUUAUCUUUUAAUGGUUCUUUGCAUGUGAGGGCGUAGUUGAAAAAUGAAAAGAAAACGAAACCCAAAAAACAAUUCGAUCAGUUUUAAGUAGCUAGUACAGUAGUUGGCUUUAUGGUCGGUUGUUGGUGUUUUUAUGCCGCACUUGGAUCUUUGAUCGUUUCCGAAGUGAAAGUCUCUCUCUCUGAAGCUCGUGUUGUUGGGUAACGUAAUGAGUAAAUAUGGGGUGGGGUACAGAGAAAGAGAAAAGAUAAGUUGAAGAUUGAGUGGUAGCAAUGCGGACAGAAGAGAGAGAAAGAAGAAUUGAAGGAAGAGGAGAAUUAUGUUGAUGGGGAGAAGAAGGAAGAGGAUGAAUAAAGGGAGGUUGUAGAAUUUACCUGAGGAAGUAAAGAAUACGGAAAGAAGAAUGAGGAGUGAAAAAGAAGAGAAGUUUGAUGAUGAUAGAGAGAUGAAAUUAAAAUUGAAGUAAGAAGUGA